GGAAGGCUUUCGUUAAAGGAACAAUGAACCAAAGCCCAAAUUCGUAAAACGCAAGCCACCGGUGCCGCUCCCCUGUCUUUAUACGUUUAACCCGCCUUCUUUUCUUUCUUAACAACGCAUUUUCGCACCGGAAUAAUUCCCCUAACUCAACGGAGCCGCCGGAGCCUUGCCGCCGGUGUGUCUCCCUCUCCCGCUUCCCUAUAAGAUGAAGCGGGGCUUUACCUUUUCUCCUCCUGUUACCGUCGUCGUCUUGGCAAUCUCCUUUAUCUACUUCUCCACCGUCUUCAUCUUCAUCGACCGGUGGUUCGGCCUUACGUCCUCGCCUGGAAUUAUGAACGCUACCGUCUUCACCGCCGUCACUCUCAUGUGCAUCACCAAUUACGCCCUUGCUAUCUUUACGGAUCCCGGUCGGGUCCCUUCGACCUACAUGCCUGACAUCGAGGAUUCCGAAAACCCUAUUCACGAGAUCAAGCGUAAGGGAGGUGACCUGAGAUACUGCCAAAAGUGUUCUCAAUACAAGCCUCCUCGUGCUCAUCAUUGUCGAGUUUGCAAAAGAUGCAUUUUGCGAAUGGACCACCAUUGCAUUUGGAUAAAUAAUUGCGUCGGCCAUGAAAACUAUAAGGUGUUCUUCGUGUUUGUCGUGUACGCUGUAGUUGCAUGUAUCUACUCCCUGAUAUUACUCCUUGGCAGUCUUACAAUUGAACCUCCUAAGGAUGAGCAGCAAGUUGGAGGCCCUUUUAGGACUGUUUAUAUUGUAGCUGGGCUGUUGCUAUUCCCUUUAAGUAUGGCUUUAAGUGUUCUUUUAGGUUGGCACAUUUACCUAAUUUUGCACAACAAAACUACAAUAGAGUAUCACGAAGGUGUAAGAGCUAUGUGGCUUGCGGAGAAAGGUGGGAACGUGUAUUCACAUCCAUAUGAUCUUGGUGCCUUUGAGAAUCUUACCACGAUUCUUGGCCCAAAUAUUUUCAGCUGGAUAUGCCCCACAUCAAGACAUAAAGGCUCUGGUCUUCGCUUCCGAACAGCGUACGACAAGUCUAUUACUGCAUCAAUGUGAAAGGAAUGUUUCAUUUCUACCCAUGACAUUUGUUUAAGAACAACAAGCUAGGCACCUCUUGAUGACCAUCUAGGAUUCAUAUUUACUGAGCUCUUCGUCAGAGUAAUGUUUCUUUGGAGAACCCAAAUCUCAAACAGCAUUCUAACUGUUCCAUCCAUAUAUUUUUCCCCAACUGCUGUGACUACUUGGAGAGUUUCUUAGGCUACUACAAUAUUUUCCUCGACAACAUCAAGAGGUCAGCAAAUCUGUUUCGGGUAUACUUUAUCCUUUCCUGUUUGUUUUUAGAAAAUCCAUCUGAAGUUAGAGUAUGCAAAACAACGCAGUUUAUAGGUUAAUGUAGGAAAAGAGAGAUCCCAAAUGUGGCCGGGUGUUUGUGUACAUGAGUUCAUUCGACACGCUAACAAAUUGUUUUGUGUAGUUGUAGCUCUGUAACUUGUAACAAAAAAAAAAAAAAAAAAAUGGAGGUAAAUUGCAAUUAAGAUACAAUACGAUCUUUUUCCCCCCCUUUGAAAAACUGUA